AUGGCUUUGCUCUUGGAUGUUUUAAAGAAGUGUUGGAAUUUUGUGAAAAAUGACGUUGUUAAGUUUAUGCAAGAGUUUAAUGAGCAUGGUAGGCUUCCUAAAGCAUAUAAUCCUCAAUGUACUGAAGAGUUUAGGCCGAGUUGUUUGGUGGUUUAUCUUUAUCGACUUAUUUCUAAAUUGCAAGCUUAUAGGUUGAAACUUAUGAUCGGGAAGUUAGUUUCUUCCUCUCAAAUGGAGUUUAUUGAAAGUAGACAAAUGGUAGAUAAUGUUUUGGUUCUUAAUGAGACGUUAGACAUUUCCAAAAGAAACAAGAAGAAUUUUUUAGCGAUGGAGGUUGACUUUGAGAAGGCUUUCCAUUGUGUGUCGUGGGGCUUCCUUAGAUAUGUGCUCAAGAUGAUGGGUUUUGGUCAGAAAUGGUUGUUUUAG